UCGCACGGGAAGGGUGUAGCCUUCAUUCGUUCCUGCAGUGCUGACUGACCACCCUCGCUUAUUUGUAAAGUUGUAUUGCAAAGUAACAUUGACUUACGCGUACACAUCUUAUAAUCAGAACUGACUUACUUUGAUUUUUCGACACCGGAUGGACGUUAUUAGUGGUUCAGAAGGUAAGGAAGAGCCGAGAAUAAGGAAAUAGAUAAACUUGAUUAAACUUGACUGAGGAGACGCUAAUGAACUAAUGCGGAGGCUCAAAGUCUCUAUCUGAAUCUAAAGGCGAGGCAGUUGGUGAGCCAUGACCCGCCCCCGCUCCCUACUGUCCCUGCUGCCCCUCCUGCUGCUGCUACUGUUGACGGGAGCAGCGGUGGGACGUGGGAUGGACACCGACGAGGUACACUUCAUCCCCAAGGUCACCACCACUUCCACGACACCCUCCACGCCUUCCUCCAAGCACCCCAACGUUCUCACCUCCCUGGACAUUCCGCCGGAGUACUUGGAGGAGAUACUACGUCCUAGAAAACCACCUAAGAUACCACGCGAGCCGUCCCUCCACCGGCAGCCGCAACAGGAGGCGCCAGCGGGACAACACGCGCCGCAGGAACACGGGGCGCAGUACACAAGGGAGGAGGAAGAUCACGAAAAUCCUUUGAGUACAAAAACAUGCCCUUGCACAAUGCCUCGGGGUUCCAAAGUACAAGGCAUGGUGAGGAGUCUUUGGAAAUAAGAGCAGAGUCCUCACAGAUUCCCGCCAUCGUGUUCACCAACAGCAAGGACUCUGGUAGCGGGGAGAAAGAUCAGAAGUCGCGGUGGAGUUGGGGUUGGUGGAAUGAGGAGCCCAGUGAAGUGCAGCAGAGGCGCGAGGAGUCGAAUUCAGGGCCACGCUUCGACCGGACGCUGGCGAGGAAGCUGACGGUGCAGGAGGGCAAGACGGCAGUGCUGGCCUGCCGUGUCGUCAAUAAUGAUGAGAAAGCGGUUUCAUGGAUGCGCCACCAGGACCUCCACAUCCUGUCAGUCGGAGAGUACAAGUAUAACAGCGACGACCGGAUCACUGUGUCACUGAACGAGGAGCGGCAGGAGUGGCGGCUGGUCAUCGAGAGAGUCACCCUUAAGGACGCCGGGAUGUACCAAUGUCAGGUCGCCACCAAGCCAGUGUUGAGCUUCGUGGUGAAUCUGGAGGUGGUGGUCCCCAAGGCCGAGGUGCUGAACGGGCCAGAGGUUUUCGUCCACUGCGGCUCCCUCAUCAACCUGACGUGUGUGGUGCUGCACGGUACUCGCCGCCCCGUCUAUGUCUACUGGUACCACCACGACAAGGUGCUGGACUACGAGGGGCGUGGCGGCGUGACAGUCAUAACGCAGGCCAGUGAGAACACCAUCAGCCACCUGCUCAUGAGGAACGCCACGCCUUCAGACUCCGGGACCUACUCGUGCACACCCUCCAACGGCCGCCGCGCCACCACCACCGUCCACGUCCUCAACGGUGAGCCCCAGGCGGAGUCGCAGCAGCCGGUGUGUCUAAGUGCGGGACCUCAGCGGGCGGCGGCUACUCUUCGCGGGACUCAAGCAGGUGAGCACCGCGCGGCCAUGCAGAGCGCCACUGGUCCCCACUGCCUGACACCCAUCCUGCUGCUGCUGUGCCUGGUGUCUGUCCUCCCGGUGUACAUAGGUCCAGCAGCGCCCUGAGCACUGCUUCUCGCCUGCAUACGAGAAGACACAGCGAUUGCCAAGCUAAGAAUUCCGAUAUUUACAAGAACCACAGACUGUGGUUGUGUGGCUGAGGCUGCAGGGUUCCCUGCUGCGAUCCGUGGCACCCUGAGUAAUGGCUCGGCAUUGAGGCCAACCACCUUGCCGACAACGAUCCGAUGACACCCGAGAGACUUAUUCCUUCCCGGUGGAGUCGCCUGAGUGACAGUAAAAUGUUGAGUCGUGUAGCGUGGCGGCCUGACGUACGAGGCAGCCUGACGUACGGCCUGAUGAGACGCUGGAGGAGGGGAGGGAGCAGCAGACGAUUCUCCGCGCUGAAACGCAGCACGGAUCUUGAUUGACGUUUGUGCGAGGCACGGUAUACUUUUAUGAUACAUUUACCAUAACCAGAGCAGUUAAUAUGAUUUAAGACAAUAUCAUUUCAUUUUGCUGCACCUGUGGGCGAAACAGAUUGUAUUAGAAAAGAACUACGCGCCUGAGCCUCGCUAAGUGCAGCUUCGUGUUCAUCGCCGCUUUGUUUUGUGUGGAGGGACACCGAACACGUGAAGCACAGGCCGCUGCAGGACGUGAUGCAGGCUUAGUGGUGCUACUCUUUGUUCCGGAUAGUGUCUGUGUGAUCCGAAAAUCUUGUCUUGUUCUGAGGUUAUCUGGCAUUAAAGCAUCAAUCACCUGUAGUGAUGAGAGGACACCUGCCGCAGCAUUGCCGUGUACAUUAUGCUACAGGUAGUAUUUCUUAUAUUUUCGAAGACCGGCAAGUCAAAUCUUAAUUAAGCUGGUAUGCUUCACACAAAAGUAUGCAAGUCGCGGAGUUGGUCAUUGUGAAGCAGGUUAACAAGUUGAAAGCAUGCGUAAAAAAUAUAAAAAAUCUUGUGUAAAACUGAGGCAUUACAAAAAGUAUAAAAAGAGAACGCCAAACAAUGAGAGACACCGUGAUAUUUCCUUUUUAAAAGUGUUCGAGUCGUAGGUUGUCAUGCAAACUCUGCUAACGAAGUAGGCCACGGUCUGACGCGUGGUGGUGGGACCGGCCAGUAUUAUGAUGGAGUGAGUGGAGCGGGCGAGGCAGAAUUUAGAGUGUGAAUAACGAAAGGGGGGGCGGCGAAGUAGAACUGAACUGGGCGGGACGGGGUAAGGCCACGAACGAGGCAUCGUCAAGGGAGCAGCACGGCCAGCGAAUGUCGCCAACUUGCUGAGUCAAUCUGUCACGCUUCACGCUGUAGCGGAGGAACAUAAGGCUGGAGACAGGACCAUAUUCAAAAACACUUCAGCGCUUCAUCUUCACUAUUUUCAUAAUACACGGAUUUUAAGGAUUAUUUUACUGCUCUAAUGACAGAUUAACAACGCUUAUUCAAUCAAUUCUAAUAGGGAAAAGACUUUUGAGAACCCUGCUAAUCAUCUAUGUGACCUUGGAAAAUAGUGUUGAGAGAGCAAAGCGUUUCUGAGUAAAAACUUGUAAUGAACUCCGUAUAGUGUGGCGUGAAAAUCUGCUGUUACUUUGUGAGCAUGAAGUAAAGGGGUGAGUGUCAUGUGUGUCUCCCUCCAUCUUAUCCCAGAGCUAACAUAGUGAUGAAAAAUAGAUAGAAAGAAACCCGGAAGCCCAAUGAGUCCGCGGGAAGACUAAGAUUUUUCAGUUCCUUGUCGCAUUGCGUGUAGUGGUUACCCCGCCUCUGCGCCUCCCGACACGAGGAAGGAGAGAAAGCAUAACCACCACCACCACCACCACCACCACAGCAACAACAACAACAACAGCAAGAAGAGCAGAAAAAUGGCAAUGCUUGAAGGAGAACCUGAGAAGCGAAACAAAGCGAUAGAAGUCACAAAAAGAACGAGAAGCAGGAGGGAGAAAAGAAAGAAGAAAGAAGAGAGGGAAGAGAGAAGCAAUCCUAGGGUCACUCGCUCAUCCUCUCCCACCCUUAGCAAAAGCACAAUACUCGUAAUUAAAGAGUAUCUUUUUACUGACUACUAAACCCCAAUCUUUUACUCGCAAUGGACUUCAGAACAAGUGAGCGUUGGAGCGUCAGCUGGGGAUGCUCUGAGGGAGAAGAGUGAAUGCCCCUCUUGUUAUCGAAGGGACGGGACUGUUUGUUGAUUGUCAGUAAAUAGUUUAUGGAAGAAUCCUGCAUAGUGUUACACUGCGGCGACUGUUUAUACUUGUAUCAUACUAAUAAUUUAAUAUGAAUACCUAACCGUGCGUAAAGUAUGUUAUGUAUCAUCUUCAUGCAUUUGUGAUUCAUAUGUAUUUUUAUUGCUGUUAAUGUUGUUAUUAUUGUUAUUAUCAUUAUUAUUAUUAUUAU